UAUCGUUUGUGUUAUCGUUUGUGCCUUUGUUGUGCUUUGUGGCAUGGCUACAACAGCGGCAACGGCAGCCCCCACAAGGACCUCCAGCAAAAGCACUGCGGCCUAUUCAACAGUCACGCCCACUUGCACCGCCAGCGUAACAGUUAUGCCCAGUGUCGGCAUGCCGCCGGGCCUGCCCGUGGGCAUGGCAGCUGUGCCCAUGCCGCCACAUCUGCCGCUGCUGGGCGGCUUGGACAACGCGGCCAACAAGGCCAUUGCGACGGGCAGCGGCAGCGCCGCACAGCCGACGGCAACAACAAGUCCCAGUCUGGCGGCCGCCUCGCCCACGCCCACAGCGCUUACGCACAGCCACUGCCCGUCCACAUCGAUGCUAGCCGCCGGCUCACCACCAGCUCCCACGUUGGCCCUCUUGGCCCCUCAGGGCAACGCGGCGGCGGCGGCGGCCACAAAUCUCAGCGCUCUGGCCUCCCAGCAUCGGCUACUGGAACUGUCACGCUUCGGCCUGCGGGGCUACGAUCUGGCCCAACAUAUGCUCUCCCAACAGGGCGCAGUAUCCAAGCUGCUGGGCACUUUGCGUCCGCCCGGGCUCAUUGGCGGCUCAAAACCGAAGGUGGCCACGCCGACAGUUGUCUCCAAGAUCGAGCAGUACAAACGCGAAAAUCCAACGAUAUUCGCGUGGGAAAUACGCGAGAGACUGAUUAGCGAAGGUGUCUGCACGAAUGCCACUGCCCCCUCGGUGAGCAGCAUCAAUCGCAUCCUGCGCAACCGCGCCGCUGAACGUGCCGCGGCGGAGUUUGCGCGCGCCGCCAGCUAUGGCUAUGCUUUACAUCCAACGCAUCCGCAUCCGCAUCCCUAUACGAGUUUUCCCACCUGGCCGGCCACGUUGCCGGGCCACCAUCCGCUUUGGGGCGCUGUGCCGCUGCCCGCCAGCAGCGCUCUGCCCGGCAGCAGCAGCUACAACAGCGACGGCAGCUCCAAUCCGAAUACCAACAACAAUAGCACCAGCGCCGGCGGCGGCAGCAGCGCGGGCAGUGGACGCUUAUCCCUGCCGGCACUGUCACCCGGGUCGGGCAGCCGGGACAGUCGUUCGCCGGAUGUGGAUGCCAACCGCAUGAUAGAUAUUGAAGGCGAGGGUAGCGAUUCGGAGGACAGUGAUCAGCCCAAGUUUCGGCGUAAUCGCACAACGUUCAGCGCCGAGCAGCUGGACGAGCUGGAGAAGGAGUUCGAGAAGUCGCACUAUCCCUGCGUGGGCACGCGCGAGAAGCUAGCGGCGCGCACGGCGCUGAGCGAGGCGCGGGUGCAGGUUUGGUUUUCCAACAGACGAGCGAAAUGGCGGCGCCAUCAACGGGUCAAUCAGCUGAAGCAGCGCGACUCGGCCUCGACCUCGCCUCAGCCCGCGGCUGCCUUGGGUCCACAGCAGGAGCAGAGCACGGCUGCAGCAGUCUCCAGUCUACAAUAUGCUACCCGUUCCAGCGUCUACCACACGGCACUGGCGGGCGAGGGCAACACCCCCAUCAGCACCAGCAUCCGCACCAGCAUCAGCACCAGCAUAAGCCCUACGGCCCCAGGCCGCGAUCCAGCGACAGCAACAGCGCCGCCGCCGCCUGCCUCACUCACAGCAUCAGUUCCAUUAUUAAUGGGCGGUGAGCAUAGCGCCUUUCGUGCUGCCCUGCCCGCGGCGUCCGCCUCCGCAUCGGCGGCCGCCUUCGCCCUCAACUUUGCCCGUCAAUAUCUCUGGCGGCAUAUGGCGGCGCCGCAGAAGGAGCCCCGACCGGAGCUGGAUGAGGAAAUCAAUGUGGAUGCGGAGACGGAAACGGAGUCGGAGGCUAAUUAAACAGUGCAAUCAAUAUGCUGUAUAUUCCAGAACUAGAUUCUAAUCCAAACUAGAAAAUAUCUAAAAAAAAAAAAAAAAUCAUGCAAGUUUAUGGAUUUGUCAGUUUCCUAUCGCUUUAAAUCGAGAAUUUAGUGCAAUUUUUUUAACUUAAUUUAUUCAGUUUGCAUUCGAAACACGUGCUGAGUACAAAUAAAAACGGAAUCGAUAUAUGUAUACAUAUGUAUAUAUACAUAUAUAAGACAAUACAUAUAAGAAUUCGACAAAUUCUCA